AUGCCAAGAGAAGGAAGGUCAUACAGACGAAGAUCACGCUCUCGGAGUGUUUCACGUGAACGGGAGAGAAAGAGACGUAGUCGAUCAAGGAGUCGUCCCAGAAGAUCAAGAUCUCGUGAAAGGUCUCGAAGAUCCAGAUCUCGAGAGAGGAAAAGAUCUCGAUCUCGUGAAAGAAGGAGGUCAAGAUCAAGGGAUAGAAGAAGGUCACGAUCCAGGGAUAGACGUAGGUCAAAGAGGUCAAGGUCUAGAGACAGAAAUAGAAAGUCCAGAUCCAAAACCCCAGAUAAGAAGAAGCGCAGUACAUCUCCGGAGGCAACAAGGAAACUCACUCAUCGAGAGGGGGAGAUCAGUGUGAAGGAUGAACCAUUGGAUAAGGAAGAAGAACAGAAAAGAUUGGAGAUGGAGAUGCAGAAACGCCGGGAGAGAAUUGAACAGUGGCGGGCUGAAAGGAAGAAGAAACAGGAACUAAUCCCGAUCAAUAUAGCUCCAGUCAGCAAAAAGUGGUCAUUAGAGGACGAGGAUGACGACGACGAGGACGAGGUAGAGGAGAAAAACAUGGAAGAGGGAGACGAAGUGGACCCACUGGACGCAUAUAUGCAGGACAUCAUGACAGAAGUUAAACCAAAGGAAAAAGAAAAACCAAAUGGUGAUGGAGUACAGAGUACGGGAAAAGUCACCAUUAUUACAGCAGUGGCCAAGAAAAAAGUCCAACCCGAGAAAGAGAAAGGGGAACUGAUGGAGAAUAAUGUUGAUCUGAUGGAGUAUUCGUCUGAAGAGGAGGAGGAAGAUUUGGAAUCGACUUUUGCGAAUAUGAACAAGAAGAAAAAGGAUGCCAUUGUGGUUAAUCAUGACAAGAUUUAUUAUGCUCCGUUCAGGAAGAACUUUUACGUAGAGGUUCCAGAGAUUGCCAACAUGACACCUGAAGAGGUGGAUGCGUACAGGUCAGAACUGGAGGGAAUCAAAGUGCGAGGAAAAAAUUGUCCCAAACCAAUCAAAUCCUGGGCCCAAUGUGGCUGUAGCAAGAAAAUCAUGGAAGUCUUUAGAAAAAACAAUUUUGAGAAGCCCACCCCAAUUCAGUGCCAAGCAAUUCCGGCCAUCAUGUCAGGAAGGGACCUGAUUGGAAUCGCCAAGACAGGAAGUGGGAAGACUCUAGCCUUCCUGGUCCCGCUGUUCCGACACAUUUUGGAUCAGCCUCCACUGGAUGAAAAUGACGGACCAAUAGCCAUCAUCAUGACUCCAACAAGAGAGCUGGCCAUGCAGAUAACCUCAGAGUGCAAAAAGUUCACCAAACCCCUGGGGCUGAAGGCUGUGUGUGUGUAUGGUGGUACAGGAAUAUCAGAGCAAAUCGCAGAGUUAAAGCGAGGCUGCGAGAUCAUCGUGUGUACACCAGGACGGAUGAUCGACAUGUUGUCAGCAAAUAAUGGUCGUGUGACCAACUUAAGAAGAUGCACAUAUGUUGUGCUGGAUGAGGCAGACAGAAUGUUUGACAUGGGGUUUGAACCUCAGGUGACAAAAAUAGUGGACAGUAUACGGCCAGACAGACAGACUGUGAUGUUCUCUGCCACCUUCCCACGUCAGAUGGAGGCUCUCGCGAGGAAGAUUCUGCAGAAGCCAAUUGAAGUCCAGGUCGGGGGUCGCAGUGUCGUUUGUAAAGAUGUGGACCAGAAUGUGAUUGUUAUAGAUGAGGAUAAGAAGUUUCUGAAGCUGUUAGAGUUACUGGGUAUUUACCAGGAGAGAGGCAGUGUCCUGGUCUUCGUUGACAAACAGGAGCAUGCUGACGAGUUGAUGAAGGAACUGAUGACCCACUCCUACCCCUGUAUGUCUCUCCACGGGGGGAUAGACCAGUAUGACCGCGACAGUACUAUUGUUGAUUUUAAAAAUGGAAACAUUAAACUUCUAGUGGCUACCUCUGUAGCUGCCCGCGGCCUUGAUGUUAAACACCUGAUUCUGGUGGUCAAUUACGACUGUCCUAAUCACUAUGAAGACUACGUACACAGAUGUGGUCGUACAGGAAGAGCAGGAAACAAGGGCUAUGCCUUCACUUUUAUAACUCCUGAACAGGAGAGGUAUGCAGGGGACAUAAUCAAGGCUCUAGAAUUGUCUGGAGCAGCAGUAAACUCGGAUCUGGAGAAACUGUGGAAUGACUACAAGGAAAGAGCAAAGGCUGAGGGUAAGACAGUGAAGAGUUCUAGUGGUUUCCUUGGGAAGGGAUUUAAAUUUGAUGAGACCGAGGCACAGCUUGCUAAUGAGAGGAAAAAACUACAAAAGGCUGCACUCGGACUUCAGGACUCGGAUGAUGAGGACACAGGUGUUGAUAUUGAUCAGCAGAUUGAGGAUAUGUUUGCCAGUGUAAAGAGAGUGACCGACAUAGCCAAGCCACAGGUCAUCUCAAACCCUGCCACAGGGGCUGGUGCUCUACCCACAGGGCAGUCAAACCAACAAAAACUGGCUCUAGCUAAACAGCUUGCUGCUAAAAUCAACAUGGCCAAGAAAAUCGGUCCUGACGCAAGGGACAUCACUCAGCAGGCGGCUAAGUUCAUCUUAUCUGAUGAAGGUUUUGCUCCAAAAGUUGCAUCAAAGACAAUAGCAGAGCAAACUGCAGAGAAAAUAAAUGCCAAGUUGGGAUAUCGGCCUCCCUCAGAGGACGAAGACGGUGAAAACAGUAACGCAGAGACAUUUAAACGCUACGAAGAGGAGCUGGAAAUUAAUGACUUCCCACAAACAGCCAGAUGGAAGGUCACAUCUAAGGAGGCCUUGGCUCAGAUCUGCGAGUACUCAGAGGCAGGUAUCACGGUCAGGGGGACAUAUUUCCCCCCAAAUAAAGAACCCAAGGAGGGAGAGAGGAAGCUUUACCUGGCUAUUGAAGCCACCAGUGACAUGGCCAUACAGAAAGCCAAGAAAGAAAUCACACGACUCAUCAAGGAUGAGCUUAUACGACUGCAAAAUUCAUACCAACCUAUCAACAAAGGAAGAUACAAAGUGUUGUGAGAGAAAACAGAGGGGUGGAUCAACAAACAGAGGGGUGGAUCAAUAAAGGAAGAUACAAAGUGUUGUGAGAGAAAACAACGGGGUGGAUCAACAAACAGAGGGUCCAGAUUUCAUUCACAUUCAGUGAUAAACAUUUUUCUUUUUAAAAUGUAUUAUGCUGUUCAUUUUGCUUACUGAAUAAUCUUUUUACCAAUGAAAUUUUCUUAUGUUUGUGAUGGAUAGGAAAGCAAAUAUCAAACACAUGUUGAUGUAUGACAGUGAGUUAUAUUUAAUCAUUUUGUUGAGUGAGUAAAUAAGUAAUAAAUACUGACAUUGUCA